CACGGCUACUUAAAAUCAGUUCUCACAGAUCUUAGGCAGAUUAAAAAUUAAAGGUUUUAAAAAUGGCUGGCGAAUUGUCGGAAUGUGAAAGAAUCACUAUCCUCAUGAUGCGUGGAUGGGGUGAUAACGAGCGGUCGUACGCUGCUGUCGCUCAAUUAUUUAAUGAGACGUAUCCGAAUCGUCGAAUUAAUAAGUCCACUGUCUUAAAAACAAUGGAACGUUUCAGAGAAACUGGUAGCCUAAACAAUCGCUCUAAAUCAGGGAGACCUGCCAUUAACGAAGAAAAACAACUUGAUGUUCCGCAGACAUUUAUUGAAGGUCGCAAUUCUACUAUUAACAGAGCCGCUCAAACUCACGAUAUUGGUCCCAAGUCUGUUUGGAGAAUUUUAAAGAAAAACAAGUUCCAUCCAUACAAAUUACAAUAUGUUCAAGAAUUGCAAGACGGAGAUGUGGAGCGUUGUAUAGGUUUCUGUGAAAGAAUGAUGGCACUAAUAGAUGUCCGGCCCAUGUUCCCUUAUCAAAUUGUUUUUACAGACGAGGCAACUUUCACGUUAACGGUAGAAGUUAAUAAUCAAAAUUUUCGUUUCUGGUCAGAUGAGAAUCCGAAUUGGGUGCGGGAAACUCACAUACAAUACCCACAAAAAAUAAAUGUAUGGUGUAGAAUAAUAGAUGGCUACUUAAUAGGACCGUUUUUUUCUUUUUGUGAAGAAAAUCUGAACGCUCAAAGCAUGAUGGAGCUCCUGCUCAUUUUGGUUUAGGGCCACGUCAAAUUUUAAAUGAGACUUUUCCAUUACGAUGGAUAAGAAGAAGGAACAGGAAUGAGGGAGGAGAGGAUUGGCCACCUCGGUCACCAGAUCUAACUCCUCUUGAUUAUUAUCUAUGGGGACACCUGAAGAGUAAGGUUUACAAAACAAAAUCUGAAAGCAUCCAAGAAUUGAUACAGCGAAUAAGGGAUGAAAUAGAUUUGCUACUUUUUGAGACGAAUCAUAGAGCCAUUUCUGCAUUCUAUCAAAGACUGGCAUAUUGUCAGGAAGUAAAUGGCAGCCACUUUCAGCAUUUACUUUAACACACUGAGUAAAAUUUAUUUUAAAACACGGAGUAAAAGGUUUUGAAUCAUUAAAGAGAGAUGACAGUUUUCAAACGUCUGUUUUGCAACCUAUCACGACUAUACAUACAACACAUUCACACUUGUUUAGCCACACGCGCACACACACACACACACAAGGGAUCAGAUUCAUGCCAGUUCCACGUAGUUGAUCCUGGAUAACACUAAGUGCAUGAAAUUUCGAAAUUUGAACGGCCACCAUUUUUAGUGGGGGAGUCAUAG